GUAGGUUAUGUAGAUUUGCGAUAAUCUAUCUUUCUAUCUGCAAGAAAAAGUCUGGCAAGAGACGGAAAGCUAUAAAACCGACUCCUGAGUAAAAAACACGUACAAUUUUCACAUUUAUCAAACAAAAUGCUUCCAAGUUGUGUUAGAACUGUAUGCACAAAAACAGUUUUGCCCAAAAAAACAUUGGGUGCUUUUUCAAAGAAUAACUUCGCCACAGAAGCCUCUUUUGAAACAAAACCUUACAGAUUACACAAAUUAGAUGAAUCUCCUUCUACAUCAGUAAGUCUAAAUAAAGAAGAUGCCAUCAAGUAUUACACACAAAUGCACACCAUCAGAAGGAUGGAGACCUCAGCUGGUAACCUCUACAAAGACAAAAUCAUUAGAGGAUUCUGUCAUCUUUACUCUGGACAGGAAGCUGUAGCUGUAGGUAUCAAGGCUGCUCUUCGUCCAUAUGAUGGUGUAAUCACUGCCUACAGAGCUCAUGGUUGGACCUACCUUAUGGGAGUUCCACCAGUAGGAGUUCUGUCUGAACUUUGUGGAAGACAAAAGGGCUGCGCCAAGGGUAAAGGUGGAUCUAUGCACAUGUAUACUGAGAACUUUUAUGGAGGAAAUGGUAUUGUUGGGGCUCAGGUUCCUUUAGGAGUAGGAAUUGCUCUUGCUGCCAAAUAUAAAGGUACAGAUGGAGUGUGCAUAGCACUGUAUGGUGAUGGUGCUGCCAACCAAGGCCAAGUAUUUGAGGUGUACAACAUGGCCAAACUUUGGGACAUUCCUUGCAUUUUUGUAUGUGAAAACAAUGGUUAUGGUAUGGGUACCAGUUCCGAAAGAGCUUCAGCAAGUACCUCCUACUAUUCAAGGGGAGACUAUGUUCCUGGAAUUUGGGUAGAUGGUAUGGAUGUAUUGGCUGUAAGGGAAUGCUUCAGGUAUGCAGUCAAUUACGCAGGCAGUGGAAAGGGACCAUUGGUCAUUGAAGCAGCUACAUACAGGUAUUCAGGACACUCCAUGUCUGAUCCAGGUACAAGUUACAGAACCAGAGAUGAAAUUCAAGAAGUAAGACAAACCAGGGAUCCUAUUACCUCUUUCAAAGAGAAAAUCAUCUCAUCAAAUUUGGUCACACCUGAUGAAAUCAAGAAAAUCGACGGUGAAAUCCGAACCCAAGUCGACGAAGCCACCAAACAGGCCAAAUCUGAUGGAGAACUUGGUCUCGACGAACUCCCAGCCGACAUCUACGCCGUCAACUUGGAAGGCAAGAUCAGAAACAUCGACCCUUUCACUCACCUCACCCAUAAACGACUAGGCCCUGCUGUUAAUUUGAAGUAAAGCAUUUUCGAAAUCCGACAAUUAGGAAAAACUAACAAAUUUUAAAGGAAUGUAGCUCAGUGAUUAUCGAAGCUGGAAAAAAGGUUGCUUUUGUUAAAAAAUUGGUAAUUUUAAACUAAGUCAAGAACCUGCAAGUCUCUGUGAUAACACCAUUUGUGUUUUGUACAAUUUCUGUGUUUAAUUUUUGCUGUUGGUUACAUUAACAAGAAUCAGUAUCAUAUUUGCAAAGAUAAAUUUGCUGUUACCAGAAAAUAGAUACUUAUAUGAUAUUUUAUCACUUAUAUACUUAUAAAAAUGGGUUAUUUCAUACACAAUUAGAGGAAAUUUAGUGAUUGUGUCAUAAAGCCAUUCGCAGGAAGACUAUUUUUAUUCCAGUAGGUACAUUCAAUUCAUCUACAUUAUUUUAAAAAUCUUCAACGUUAAGAAUACAAGUAAUUAUAUUUUAAUAGCAUACUGGAAAAGAAGACAAAUGACAAAUCAGAGUGUUAAAAAUAUAGCAUAUGCAGCUACAACAAACUGUAUGUCAAGUUUUUCGCACCAAAAAAAGUAUGCAACAUUCAAUACAACUAAAUAUGUAUUUUGUUUGUUUUAGGAAAAUUAUAUUUCUGGCAAAAAAACAAUUUAUGUACAAAAUAACCCAUUAAAAUGUUUAUAUAUAUAUUCCUGUUUUUAAAAGAAAAUUUAUCAUAUGUAUUUCUUAUUUAUUUAAAUAUGUUUUAAUAUCAAAAAUAUCUGUAAGUACC